GACUUCACACUGCCGACACCACGCGUCACCCUCCUCUUCCGACUCUCACCGCCUUCCCGUUUAAAGGCCGCGAGGCGAAGAACGUCUGCUUUCAUGGCGAGCAUCGUCACCCGCCUUGGCGCACCCACCGCCGCCGCCCUCGGGUUGGGCCUCACGGCCUCGGGCUACUUCACCUUCGCCAACUACGGCACCGCAAGCUUUGGUGUCAUGCCCGCCAUUACGCCUGGGCGGGACAGCGUGCGUGUGGAAGCAGGCAAGGCCGUCGAACUGUGGGCUUUUUUCUACGAGAGGGCCGCCGUUCACUUUGUAUCCUCCAUCCUCGCCGCGGGGACGUCUUACCUCGCGGCCGGCUACCUUUACGCGGGUCCCGCGCGCCACGUGAAGGGCAUGCUUGUCGGCGCAGGCGCCGUCAUCUUCAGUGUUCUACCUUACACGCUCAAACUCAUGCUGCCCAUCAACAAUGAGCUGCUUGCGACGCGGGACAGCGUGCGCGCAACGAAUCGCGAGCUCACCAUCGACGAGGCGGAGGCGAGCUGGGGCCGCCUCGGAACGUGGAAUCGCCUGCAUGUGUACCGCAUGAUCGCCGGUGCGACUUCGUAUGCCUUGGGUCUUGCAGCAGUGCUGCAGAUCUGAGGAGCUCCUUCGUCGGGAACCCUCGCCCUCCUCGAGUAGAAUCUCAUUGUUGUAUUUAUAUCACGGCAUGUUUGCACGAACUUUGACUCCAAUCCAUACUUGUAUUUCACGUACACGAUCCACAAUGCAUUGCA